GGCGGAGCUGCGGGUCUGUGUGUGGAGCUCCGCCCUCCCUGCGCACUCCGCGGCCCGCCCAGCGCCCGCUAAACCCCGCUCCAGCCCUGCCCGAGUCUGGGGGAAUCCGACGGCCUGCCUGCCCGGGGAAAAUCUGGAGGCCGCCCCGCGCGUUCGUCUAUGCUGUGCCGUGGCCAAUGAAGAAUAAAGACGAUGGAUGAGGAGGUGACCAGGCUUGCUCUCCGCUCUCAGGAGCCAAAGAUUAUACUGCAUGGCUCAGAUGGAGGUGCAGGUGAUGAAGAGGAGGAGGAGGAGUAUGUGGUGGAGCUGCAGGAGACUGUGCUGGUGUCCGAGGUGGAGGGUGAGGGAGCGUCUGUUCAGGGUUUUUCCUCAGACGAGCUCGUCAUUCAGGACGCAGUGGAGGAUGUGGUGGCCGAGUACGUGCACUGUGAUGAUGACGAGGGCGUCGCCGUGGAGACCUGUGUGAUGUCACUGGAGGGUGAGGAGGAGGAGGAGGACGGGGUCGCCAUGGCGGAGAUGACGGAGGAUGUGCUGGUGGAGGGGAGAGAGCAGGAGCACGACUCGGAUAGCUGCGGAGACUACCUGAUGAUCUCCUUGGACGAUGCGGGUAAGAUGGUGUCAGGAGAUGGAGACGAGGUGACAGUGGAGGGAGCUAUUGAUGAUCAGGAGGUGGAGAAGGAUGAAGAUGGACAGGAGGUCAUUAAAGUUUACAUCUUUAAAGCAGAUUCGGGAGAGGAUGAUCUGGGAGAAACGGUAGAUCUGGGUGAGAAUGAGACUGUGGCUCUGGCUGAGCCUGUGGUUCGUCCUCUGAGAGAGAAGAUGGUCUACAUGUCUGUGGGAGACGGUCAUCACACUCAGACUGAUGGAGGCUCUAAGCUAUCGGAUGAGGUCUACAUGGAGGUUGUGGUUGGAGGUGAGGAACCGGUUCCUCAUGACCGGCCGUAUGACAGCACCGCGCUCAGCAAAGACUUCAUGCCUGUGGCCUGGGCCGCCGCUUAUGCAGGAGCAGAUGAGGGCUGUGAGAACCGUAAUGGAGCAGCGAGCGCUUUGCUGCACAUAGACGAGUCGGAUGCACUGGACAAACUCAACCGGCAACACGGCAAGAACAGGAGACGAGCUGAACCUCGACAGGUCCAGACAGCGAUCAUCAUCGGCCCAUAUGGACAACCUCUGACUGUUUAUCCCUGCAUGCUCUGUGGCAAGAAAUUCAAGUCCCGCGGCUUCCUGAAGCGGCACACGCGCAACCACCACCAGGACGUGUUGACCCGCAAGAAGUACCAGUGCACCGACUGCGACUUCACCACCAACAAGAAAGCCAGUCUGCACAACCACAUGGAGGUGCACGCUCUCAGCAACAAAGCCCCGUUCGAGUGCGAGACCUGCGGGAAGGAGUUCCACCAGCAGGCGGCACUAUUCUCGCAUCGACUCCAGCACCAUCACCGUGAACAGAAAUCACCCACCGCCAUCGCAUCUCCGCUUCCUCCGACCACCGCAAACAAGACACACAAAUGCAAGUUUUGCGAUUACGAGACUGCAGAGCAAGGUUUGCUCAAUCGCCACCUGCUGGCCGUUCACAGUAAGAGCUUCCCUCAUAUUUGCGUUGAGUGUGGAAAAGGUUUCCGACAUCCGUCGGAGCUCAAAAAACACAUGCGAACGCACACCGGCGAAAAGCCGUACUCGUGCAUGUAUUGUGACUACAAAUCGGCGGAUUCGUCUAAUCUGAAGACGCACGUAAAAACCAAGCACAGCCGCGAGCUGCCGUUUCGCUGCGAACGCUGUGGGCAAACGUUUGCGGAGGAGGAGGAGCUAACGCAACACGCUACAACACACGAUGAUGCUCGCGGGCACCAAUGCAGCCACUGCGAUCAUCGCAGCUCCAACUCCAGCGAUCUAAAACGCCACAUAAUUUCCGUGCACACUAAAGACUACCCGCAUAAAUGUGCAGUCUGUGCGAAAGGCUUCCACCGGCCGUCCGAGCUCAAAAAACACUCCGCCUCGCAUAAAGCCAAGAAAAUGCACCAGUGCCGCCACUGCAACUUUAAGAUUGCGGAUCCGUUCGUACUCAGUCGCCAUAUCUUAUCCGUUCACACUAAGGAGCCGCAGCAAACAGCGCAGCAGCAGCAACAACAAACCCCACCCACAUCACCACAACAAGCCCCACCCACAGAAAAGAGCCCCGCCCCCAAGAGGACUAUAGGAGCGGCGCAGUUAGCAGCGCCCGCGGCUAAGAAAGCCGGAGGUGCGAAGGGUCAGCGCGAGAGACGUGUGUAUCAGUGUCAGUACUGCGAUUACAGCACGGGCGACGCGUCCGGAUUCAAGAGACACGUAAUUUCCAUCCACACGAAAGACUAUCCGCACCGCUGUCAGUACUGCUCCAAGGGCUUCCGGAGGCCUUCGGAGAAAAACCAGCACAUUAUGAGACACCAUAAAGACAUGGUGCCGGCCGAAUGAGCAGAUCUGAUCCUGUUUUUUCUCCUUUCACUUCCAGAAAGACACUAAACCGCCAGUGAUCCAACAUCUCCACUCAUCUUCACUCAGCUUCUCCUCAUGUGUGUGUGUGUGUGUGUGUGUGUGUGUGUGUGUGUGUGUGCGUGCACAUGCUCAGUGCUUAACGAUCACAUGCUCUCCAGUCUUAAAGGAACAGCACAUGCUGAUAUUGAGGUGAUCGUCAUUUAUUCGCCCUCAUGUUGUUUACUUCCUACCAAGAAACAUGAUAGGAAAUUUAUAAAUUAAUAAAUACAAUUUAAUAGUUAAAUAACUGUAUAAAUAUAUAUGAUGUGCAUUAUUUUUUAUACAUAAUUAGAUUUUUGUAGAUUAUUGAUAUUACAAUAAUAUAAUAAAUAAACAACUAUUUUCAAAAAAUUUCCCAGCACUGUACACAUGCUGGAAUAGUUGGCGGUUCAUUCCGCUGUGGUGACCUCUGAAAUAGUCUAAAGCCUGGUUUAUACUUUUGCGCUGAGUGAUCGGCGUGACCCACGGCGUAAGCUUUGUGCGUAGCCGUGCAUUUAUACUUCUGCAAGCUGUUUGUGUUGCUUUGCAAUAACACUUCCGAAACUCUAGCUGGCAGUAGGUGUUUAUAUUCCUCUGUGUCGAGUUUCUUCGCUGGUGUUUUGUUUUUUCUGAACGCUUCCUUAAUAUACAAGUACCUCAAACUCAACAUUUUGAGACCGGGGCUCGGCAGAUGUGCAACAACUUUAACCAUAAGGUAAACACAAAACAAAAAUGUCCACCUGGAGCUCCUUCACAGGACUCCACACUUGUAAACACUCGCUCCAACUGGUUUGCGCGGCUCUCGGCCCCGCCCACACUCGUCAGCACUACCAAGCUGACCAAUCAGAGAGCUUGUGCAACAUGUUGCUACGUGAAGUUUCAUUUUUUGAGAGGUGUGCAUCAGCGACGGCCACGAUGAGGCCUAUGUGUCCAUGCGUAGGCUGUGCUGGAGCAUACACAUGCGCUUGACGCAGAAGUAUAAAUCAGCCUCAAGCAGAAGGAAAAUAAAUGAAGUUUCUAAAGUGAAAAGUUCCAUAUAAAUGCAGUAUUUUCAAUAUAAUUCAUGAUGAUGAUUAUCAUUUAAUAACAUAUUAUAGAAAUAUAAAAAAUAUGUGCAUUUCAGAAUAUUUAUAAUAUUUCCCAUAAUGCAUUUUUGUGUUUGUUACAUAACGUAAUGUGUAAAUAUAUUUAUAUAAAUUGCAAAUGCUCAAAGUAGCACCAUGUUUCAGAUCUUCCAAUGUCGAAUGAUCCAUUUCAGGACAAAGUAAGUAGUAGUUACUCACUGAAAAUCUUCCACUGCUAUAAAACAAACGCGCAAUAAACAUAACAUGAGGAUUAGUAAAUGAUGACCGUUUAUAAUUAGUUUCAGAUGAACUCUUCCUUUAACACUCGACUUCCACAUCAUUUUAUAUCAAUGCGUUUCAGUUAGUUUUACAGAAGAUCAGACUUCCAGCCUCUGGGAUCAGCUGCGUUUGUUUCAUUCACUCAUCCCGGCUAAAAAUGCAUCAUCUCUGGAAAAUGCUUUUUGAAUAUUGGACCAUGCAGCAGAUUUCUCACCCAGUCAUGCACUUUACUAGCACGUCCGUCUGUUUCUCAGUAGCUGUCUCAAUAUAUGGAUGUUUUCAGAUGACGCCGGUGUUUUAAUGUUCAGAAAAACACUGGAAGUUGGAACACUGGCACUAAUAGCAUUGCUUCAGUUUUAUUAAUGAUCAGAAUAGGGGAAUAUCUGGUCUCUCAAACCUUAAAUGAUUGAAAAAAAAGCUCUUAUAUUAAUAAUAAUGAGACAAAAACAGAGCAUCAAGGCUUGAGAAGGCCAAAAUACAGCAUAAUAGCGUAGUCCAUGUGACUCUUCACUGUAAAAAUCUGUUAAUUGACAGUUUGCUUAUUUUGGGAUUCACAAGUGCUUUUCUUUUGCUUAUUUACUGUUGUGAAUUGCAUUAUGGGAUGUUGAUCACUGCUCUGUCCACUUCUGAUGUUGAAAAUUCAACUCUACAGUUUAACAAAGUGACUUUUAGUGACGUUUUAGGCAUUUAAAGGAUAUAAUGUGUACGUAAUAAUAUCUAGAGCAGUGUUUCCCAACCCUGUUCCUGAAGGCACACCAACAGUACACAUUUUCAAUGUCUCCCUAAUCAAACACACCUGAAUCACCUUAUUAGAACAUAAGAAGAGACUCCAACACCUGAAGUUAAUUAGUCAGGUAAGGGAAGACAUCCAAAAUAUGUUUUGUUGGUGUGCCUCCAGGAACAGGGUUGGGAAACACUGAUCUAGAGAAAUAAGUCUGUAACAGCAGAAAAUGUGCUGCAGUUUAUUACAAGGGUUUUGUAGUGUAAUAUACAACACCAACACAGACAAUAUAGCACUUUAAACUAUUAAAGAUGUUCAUGAAAGUCACUGUUUCACACUUCUCAAGGUUAACAGUUGUUGGAAGAGACAUUAAGGUCCCAUAAUGCAAUUCAAAAGCAGAAAUAAAUGGAAAUAUAAGAACAUGAAUGACAAUGAGGAAACCUGCUCAUUUACAGAGAUUUGUUUACAGUGUAAAGCUGAAUACAAGUGUUCUGAUACCAAAUGAAAAGUCAGUAUAUUCACAAAAAUAAAGAGUUGCAUUUAUUUUCACUCUUUCUGUUUUGCAGAAGUCAGAAAACUACUUAUUAUAUGGAGAUUUUUUUAUUGGGGGUGCUUUUUUUGUCACCUUUUAGGCACUUUUAAAUGCAGUCGCAUUACUUCUGUGCAUCACAGAAGAGAAAUAGCAUGUGCUUGAAAUGAAAUGAAAAUCUCUUUUGCACAUUUAUUGUCUCUUUAGUUUUAUCUUGAUGGAUUAUUUACAUAAAAUCUGAUAAAUAGAGCGUCUAAAGCACCCCCUUUCUCACUUUUCUAUCAUUAUAGAACUUUUUAAGUCAAGUUAAUUUAUAAACUAAUUUCGAGAGGAUCACAUGGUUAUGAUUGACCACAGCCGGUCCCACGUUAGCUAACGUAGGAUUAAUCUGAUUAGUAAAUCGUAAGUCACAAUAAAUAACCAGAGUUUCUUACCUUAUCUUUGUCUUGAAGAACCCCCCCUUCCACCCCUACUCCUCCCUUUUCCUUAAUAGAGUGACAUGGUGGCUUAGUGGUUAGCAUUGAUGCCUCCCUGCAAGAAUGCCACUGGUUCAAGUGCUUACUAGGCCAGUCGAUGUUUCUGUGCAGAGUUUACAUGUUCUCCCUGUGCUCGCGUGGGUUUCCCUUGGGUUUCCCUGUUUCCUUCCACAGUUCAAAGACAUGUGGCAUAAGGGAACUGACUAAAGGAAAUUGGCACAGUAGACAAGCUUUAAGUCAGAAUGCUAUUUAUGCCUUUCAGUCAGCAGUUUAUCUCUCCAUAGCAAUCCCUAUAAUCUGUCAUAAGCCAUAGCUGAACCAGGGAGAUUCCUACCUGAGCUCAGACUCCCCUCUCUCGUGAUGAAACGGGAGGGAUCCCCAAGCUCGAGGUUCCUAUGAGCUCAGGGCUCUCUCCCGGGACAGCAUGCCAAACACGGUUUAUAAUCAAUCAUCAGCUAAGUGUGAACUCUUGAAAUCAUUUCUAAAAUCCAAGCCCACAUCAGGACAUUAAUAGAUUUGUUUCUUUGACUCUGCAGCAGUGCAUUUUGGGAAUGUGAGACCAGAUAACCCCUUUUAGAUGUCAUUAUAGGAAAGCUGGAAUUCUGCAGUGAAAUGAGAGAUGUUUGUCCAUAAGGCAAAUGGUUUCUUAUGUUGUAAGUUGAUUUAAAUGCAUUCAUUUGGUUGUAUGGGACCACAGAACUUACUAAAUGCUGACUAAAAGGGUAAAUCUUUUAUUGAGAGCACGUCUGGGUCAUGUUUAAGCCCAAAAUCAAAAGAGAAGUAUUAUUAUAUAAUGAAAGUUUGUUUUGGUUUAAAAAAAAUCAUAUAUAUAUAUAUAUAUAUACACAGUUGCAAUCAGAAGUAUUAGCCCCCCUGAAUUAUUAGCCCCCUGUUUAUUUUUUUCCUAAUUUCUGUUUAACGGAGAGAAGUUUCCAACACAUUUCUAAUCAUAAUAGUUUUAAUAACUCAUCUCUAAUAACUGAUUUAUUUUCUCUUUGUCAUGAUGACAGUACAUAAUAUUAGACUAGAUAUUCUUCAAGACACUUCUAUACAGCUUAGUGACAUUUAAAGGCUUAACUAGGUUAAUUAGGUUAACUAGGUAAGUUAGGGUAAUUAGGCAAGUUAUUGUAUGAUGAUGGUUUGUUCUGUAGACCUGUGUUUCCCAACCCUGUUCCUGGAGGCACACCCACAGUACAUAUUUUGGAUGUCUCCUUUUUUCUGAUCCAUUCGUGUCAGGUGUUGGAGUCUCUUCCAAUGUUCUGAUGAGUUGAUUGAGGCGUGUUUGAUUAGGGAGAGGUUGAAAACGUGUACUGUUGGUGUGCCUUCAGGAACAGUGUUGGGAAACACUGCUGUAGACGAUCGAAAAAGAAAUAGCUUAAAGGGGGUAAUAAUAUUGACCUUAAAAUUGUGUUUAAAAAAUUAAAAACUGCUUUUAUUCUCGCCAAAAUAAAACAAAUAAUUAUUAUAUAAAAAAAUAUCAGACAUACUGUGAACAUUUCCUUGCUGUUAAACAUCAUUUGGGAAAUAUUUAAAAAAGAAAUUCAAAGGGGGGCUAAUAAAUCUGAUUGCAACUGUAUAAUAUAUAAUAAUUUAUUUAGCAUAACAGUAAUGAUUUAAAUGUGAAAUAUUGUAAUGCUGUAAUAUUUAAACAUUAAAGCAAAAAGUUAUUUUAUUAUUGACAUGUAAAAAUACAUUUUAAAAAGUGUAAAAUAAAUGUAAACAUUAAAAUAGAUUAAAUAUGACACACAAACCCAGUUGAAUGCUAUUGUGAUCAUUUCAGCUUAAUUAAAAACAUUUAAUCUUCAUUUAAAAUUUAUCAU